UCCUCUGUUAAUGAGAAACGACGUCAUUUGGCAAAAACCAAAACCCCAAAUCAAUUAAAACCCCCAAUUUCGAAAGUCAAAUCCCUAAUUUCCCAAAUCAUCAUCUUCCCCCAAUUUCGAAAAUCAUGAAGAUAUUUAAAUGACGUUUAUUCCAUUCGCUUUCUCCAAGAGAUUUUUUGAUAGUUACGGCUAUGGCGGCGACGAAUAAACAACAAGACGAUGUUUCCGAUGACCUGAACUACGGAAUUUGGGCACGAAUAACGAAAACCACACUGACGGAGAAAGGACUCUGGGAUGUCGUCGAGAACGGAGUCCCGCCUGAUCCAUCGAAGGUUCCAGAGUUAGCAGCGACGAUCCAACCCGAAGAACUUUUGGAAUGGAGAGAUCUCGCGUUGAAAGACAUGAAAGCGCUCCAGAUUUUGCAGUCUACUCUCACGGAUUCGGCUUUCAGGAAGACUCUCUCUGCUUCUUCGGCCAAGGAAGUUUGGGAUUUGCUCGAAGAAACUUACAAUGAACAAGCUAAGAUACGUAGGAUACAGAAGCAAUUCGAAGAAGUUACCAUGGAUGAAUCAGAACCGAUCGUUUCCUACUUGAAUAGGGUAGUGACAAUCGCUGAAGAGUUGCGCCGUUUGAAAAUUGUGAAAUCUGAUUACCAGGUUAUCACCAAGGUGUUAGGCUCGCUAACAGAGUCGCAUGAAGAUAUAGCUACGCUGUUGGAAGAAAACGUGAAUCUGAAGAAGGUGACUGUAAAGAGUCUUACUGAUUUUUUUAACAGAUGUGAAUCAGAAAAGAGAAGAUGUCAAAGUCAAAGCAAGAAUAUUGAAGUACCUCUGUAUAAAAUGUUAUCACUCACUGCUGGUACUGUGACAUUUGAUGAGGAUAUGUGGCUGUUAUCCAACGGUACUACGAAUCACAUGACUCCAUAUUUGAAGUUUUUCACCACUCUUGACAGAACACACAAGGGUCGGGUAGUAUUGGGAGACGGAUCAGUUAUCAUGGCAGAAGGUAGAGGAGAUGUUAAGGUCAUGACCAAAGAAGGGAAGAGGAAGAGGAAGACGAUAAAGAAUGUGCUUUUCGUUCCGGAUCUCGACAAAAACGUGUUGAGUGUGUCUCAGCUGGGACAAUUAGGCUACAUUAUGAUAAUUGAUGGAGACAAUACCGUUCUUAAGGGUCGGAGGACUGGUAAAGUAUUUGGGGAAACCUUGAAGGGAGAUGGAGGAUUUUUUCAGCGUUAUCAGGUCAUUGAAGGUAAUCUCACUUCUCAAGGUUAAGGAGCUGCUUUGCCACUAUGAAUGGAUUUGGUAGUAGAAUCCACUAUGAAUAUGAAUGGAUUUGCCACUAUGAAUGGAUCUAAGUCUUUUAUGUGUUUGUUUGUGCGUUUGUUCCGUUUUCAGUUUGUUCAUAUUAAGAAAAGCUGAUUCAUAUUCUGCAUUUGUAGUAUGUAUUAGCCUGGUCUUUUAGCUUAGACGGCUUGGUAUUAAUCUAGUAGUCAAAAUCUUUGUUUGUUAUUCACAAUGCAGUGCUUUUGUCAAGUUUUGUGAAUGGUAAAAGGAGACGAAUUCUAGUA